AUGACAGGUUUGCCCGCCAUUAAUCCGCUGGACCCAGUGGUGACUCCUGAAGGCAUGGAAGCGGCCAGUCUGGACGAGGUCAGGGCAAUUCGUGGAGCUGAUUUCGCUAAAUUGGCUAAGGCUCUCGAAGAACUACACAAUCAUCGUCGCUCGAAGCUUCGGGUAAUGUGGUGCGGCAUCGCUAGAGUUGUUGACACGUCGUCGAACUGGGUGUUCACAUCGAAGAACUUACUAACUGGAGAAACAAAGGAAGCUCAUGCGACCCGGUUCACGUUCUACGCGGAUUCUUCGCUGAGGAUCACGGAGGAUCUUCUCGCUCACGUCCCGCACAACAGUGAAGGACAUGUUGUGGAGAAGCUGCUGGAAGCUCGCUACGACGCGACUAGCGCGAUGCGUCAGCUUUUGGUCAAGUGGCGUGGGUUAUGUGAGCUUGAGAACACAUGGGAUCCCGUGUAG